UGCAAUUUAUUUGCAAAAAUGUGAUUUGACGGAUGCUGGGAGAUCUUAAUGGUUCAUUUUUAAAUGAACUUUAUAGUACAGAUUUUUAAUGUGUCAUUCAGAGCCCAAUUUAUCUUUUUAAUGUUGGAUGGCCAAUUAUAUCAGAGAAAUCUGAUGGAGUAUAUCUUCUUGUCCUUUAUAAGUGGUUUUGCAGGCAUUUGCAGUUGAGUUGGAGUCAUAUGACCAGGCAGAGAUGCUCAAAGGAAGAUGGGUAGCUUACAGAACUGAUAUACUAUUACGUGUGUGAGGGGACAAGAGAGAGAGAGAGAGAGUGUGUAUUUGUGUGUGAGAGAGAGUGAGAGUGUGAGAAAAUGAGAGAGAGAGUGUGUGAGUGUGUGAAAGAGUGCAUGUGUAAACAGAGUGGGAGAGAGUGAGAGCGUGUGAGAGUGAGAGUGUGUAAGGCAGAGUGGGAGGGAGUGAGUGAGUGUGUGAGAGAGUGUGAGGAUAGAGAGAGUGUGUGAGGCAGAGUAGGGGAGAGUGAGUGAGUGUGUGAGAGAGUGUGAGGAGAGAGAGUGUGAGGCAGAGUAGGAGAGAGUGAGUGAGUGUGAGAGAGUGUGAGGAGAGAGAGUGUGAGGCAGAGUGAGUGAGUGUGAGAGUGCACGUGUGAGGAGAGAGAGAGUCCACUAAAAAAAACAAGAGUGUGUCUCAGGAAACACAAGAAAAAUUAUUUAAAUAAAGAAACCUUCAGUUGCUAGGCUACUGACAGUGCUUUUCUCCAAGCAGCGUGACUGGCAUUGGCUCUAUUUCUGGAUCAUCCCUUAGUAAAGGCUGUGCUGCUUAAUGGUCAGCUUGGAUCAGGGUGAGGGGUAAUAGGAGGAGGUACUCCUGCUCCCUGAGGCUGCUGUUCUCCUGGGGCAAAUGGAUCCUGAAAUUGAUGCUGGAAUCCUCAAGUGGUUCUCGGAAAGCAAUGCAGAGGUUAAGGUGAAGAUGUCGCAGGUUAAACAAGUGGGACUUCUGGCCGCUGGCUGUCAACCGUGGAACAAAGAUGUCUGUGUUGCCAGUGGAGACAGAUUUGCUUAUUGUGCUACACUGGCUAUUUAUGUUUACCAGCUCGAUCACAGGUACAAUGAAUUCAAGCUCCAUUCAAUCAUGUCCGAGCACAAGAAGACUAUCACAGCCAUCUCUUGGUGCCCACACAGCCCCGACACCUUUGCCAGUGCUAGCGCAGACAACCUUGUCAUUAUUUGGAAUGUGGCAGAACACAAGGUGGUAGCGAGACUGGACAACACCAAAGGGAUUCCUGCUUCCCUCAGUUGGUGUUGGAACUCGGGUGACGCAGUCGCGUUUGUCUCCCACCGAGGUCCAUUGUACAUCUGGACUAUCUCUGGACCAGACUCUGGGGUUGCCGUCCACAAGGAUGCACACAGCUUCCUGUCAGACAUCUGUCUGUUCAGGUGGCAUCCCAGAAAGAAAGGGAAGGUGGUUUUUGGACACACAGAUGGAAGUCUGUCCAUCUUUCAGCCUGGUACCAAGAGUCAGAAACACGUGCUGAGGCCGGAAUCCCUGGAGGGGACAGAUGAAGAGGAUCCAAUCACAGCUUUGGAGUGGGAUCCGCUCUCCACUGAUUAUCUGCUAGUGGCCAAUCUACACAAUGGAAUCCGCCUGGUGGACUCGGAGUCACUGUCCUGCAUAACCACCUACAGUUUUCCCAGUGCAGCUGCUUCUGUGCAGUGUUUGGCCUGGGUUCCCAGUGCUCCUGGAAUGUUUAUUACUGGAGAUUCCCAAGUCGGGGUCCUGCGAAUAUGGAAUGUCUCAAGAACGACACCAAUAGAUAACUUCAAGCUGAAGAAAACAGGGUUUCAUGCUUUACACGUACUGAAUUCCUCACCAAAGAAAAAAUGCUAUUCUGCACAUUCGCCAUCAAAGAACCAUCACAUGUCGUCCACCAGUGAAGCCAUUCCACCUCCAACCCUCUCUCAAAACCAAGCCUUUUCCCUGCCCCCUGGGCACGCCGUUUGUUGCUUUCUGGAUGGUGGCGUGGGCCUUUAUGACAUGGGAGCCAAGAAGUGGAAUUUCCUGAGAGAUUUGGGUCAUGUGGAAACAAUCUUUGACUGUAAGUUUAAACCAGAUGACCCCAACCUUCUAGCCACAGCAUCAUUUGAUGGGACCAUUAAAGUGUGGGACAUAAACACCUUGACGGCAGUCUACACUUCGCCUGGUAAUGAGGGAGUCAUCUACUCCCUGUCUUGGGCUCCAGGUGACCUAAAUCGCAUCGCAGGUGCAACUUCACGGAACGGAGCUUUCAUAUGGGAUGUGAUUAAAGGGAAAACAAUUACUAGAUUUAAUGAGCAUGGAAAGAAUGGCAUUUUCUGCAUUGCUUGGAGCCACAAAGAUUCCAAAAGGAUUGCAACGUGUAGUGGGGACGGCUUCUGCAUUAUUCGAACAAUUGAUGGAAAGGUUCUACACAAGUAUAAGCAUCCAGCUGCUGUUUUUGGCUGUGAUUGGAGCCAGAAUAAUAAAGAUAUGAUUGCCACUGGCUGUGAGGACAAGAAUGUUCGGGUUUAUUACUUAGCAACCAGUUCCGACCAACCGCUGAAGAUUUUCACAGGACACACAGCUAAAGUAUUUCAUGUCAGGUGGUCUCCGCUGAGGGAGGGCAUCCUCUGCAGUGGCUCCGAUGACAGUACUGUCAGGAUCUGGGACUAUACACAGGAUGCCUGCAUUAAUAUUCUAAGUGGACAUAAAGCACCGGUACGAGGCCUGCUGUGGAACACAGAAAUCCCAUACCUUCUGAUAUCAGGCAGCUGGGACUACACCAUCCGCGUCUGGGACACAAGGGAUGGAACCUGUCUGGACACUGUGUAUGACCAUGGUGCAGAUGUUUAUGGCCUGACCUGUCAUCCCAACAGGCCUUUCACCAUGGCAUCUUGCUCUCGAGACUCCACCGUGAGGCUGUGGUCAUUAACACCUCUAAUUUCUCCCCUCCAAAUCAACAUUCUGGCCGAACAACAGUGGGAGGAUAUAAUUGGGAAUACAGAUCGUGCAAUGUCACCUGGAGCACCCCCUCUUCUCUGUGGGAAAGUGUCCCGGGACAUCAAGCAGGAGCUGGAUAAGCUUACGAGCAAUGUGCGGAUGAAGAAGCUGAGGUGGUUCUCUGAAUGCUUCUCACCUCCAGGCGGCAGUAAGAACCUCUGGGACUUGGUGGCCGUGUUAACAGAUCAGGAUGACAGCCUGCUUCCCCAGAACUACUGUAAAGGAAUAAUGCACAUGAAACAUCUGGUCAGGUUCAAAACGUCUAAAGCUCAGGAGCUAACAACUGUGAAAAUGUCGAAGUUCGGAGGUGGAAUCGGUGCACCAAGCAAAGAAGAGAGACUGAAGGAGGCAGCUGAGAUUCACCUGCGACUGGGUCAGAUCCAGCGAUACUGCGAACUAAUGGUGGAGCUUGGAGAGUGGGAUAAGGCUCUGUCAGUGGCACCCGGCGUGUCAAUGAAGUACUGGAAGAAACUGAUGCAAAGGAGAUCUGAUCAGCUGAUCCAGGAAGGGAGUGACGAAGUUAUUCCAUAUUGCAUUGCGACUGGAGAUGUGAAGAAACUGGUGACCUUUUUCACCGCCCGAGGCCAACUCAAAGAAGCACUCUUGGUUGCUCAGGCAGCCCAAGAAGGGAACAUUCAAGCACCUCACACCCCCGCAUUGAACGGAGCGGCAGGUGGGGAGCCGAAUAACAAGGGAGAAGACUACAAUGACCUGCUACAUAGAGUGAGUAAGGAGCUGGCAGAAUGGUACUUCCAGGAUGGACGAGCUGUGCUGGCUGCAUGUUGCCACCUUGCAGUGAAUGAUAUUGAGCUUGCAAUGUCGAGCCUGAUCCGUGGAAACGAGCUGGAGUUGGCAGUCUGCGUUGGAACGGUGCUGGGAGAGAGUGCCAUGCCCAUUACUAACUAUGUCCUGGAGCUUCUGGCCCGGAAGUGUAUGUUAGCAACAACAUGGGACCUUGCGGCUGAUCUGCUGACCAUGAUCCCCGACAGCGAGCUGCUGUUGGUCAAACUCUGUGCAUUUUACGCUGGAGCGACUGCAGAAGUGAAUGAUCUUCGCGAGAAGUGUCACCUGCCAAGCACAGAGGAAUGUUUGCAAUUUGCGGAAAUGUAUCACAGUGAAGGGGACAUAUUCCAAGCUGUAAAAUAUUAUUUAUUGAGCCCUGUGCCGGAGAAAGCACUUCCUAUUGGACUUCUCUACGUUAAAGAACAGCUCAGCAGUCCGGACUGGACCCUGGACUCUGUCCAUCAGAUCUUGGACCUCCUCAGCUACAUUCGCACGGACCGGCUGAUGCUGCACAAGUGUAGUGAGGCUCGAAAUGAAUUGCUUAUACUCUGUGGCCACAUUGCCGCACUGCUGGCUAUCCGAAGGCAAUACAACAGUAUUGUACCUGCACUUUAUGAGUACACCAGCCAACUCUUGAAGCGUAGAGAGGUGACCGUCCCGACCAAGAUCGAGGACUUAUCAGCAGAGCUAGAUGGCUGGAGAGCUUGCACACAGUCAAACAGCAAGUUUGAGGACUUACCGUACAACCCUCCUUCUGAACUCCAAAGAGAAGCGUACAGCAUUUUACUAAAUAGGAUUAAAGAGGAACCCAUCAAAGGCCUUAUCGGCCCUGAUUAUGUCACAGGUUCUAAUCUUCCUAGCCACUCAGAUGUCCACAUCUCCUGCCUCACAGGUUUACGGAUACAGGGGCCGGUGUAUUUCCUCGAAGAUGGAAAAUCAGCAAUCUCGCUUAAUGAUGCACUAAUGUGGGCAAAAGUCAACCCUUUCUCUCCCUUAGGAACAGGAAUACGACUAAAUCCAUUCUGAUCAGAAAUCAUCUGUAUUUUUUCCCGCAAAUGAGAAAAUCUGCAGUUGCUGAAAAUACAAGCAACGCACACAUAAUGCUGGAGAAUCUCAGCAGGACCGGCAGCAUCUAUGGAAAGGAGUAAAGAGUUGACAUUUCAAGCCGAGGCCCUUCACUGGGACUGGAGAAAAAAGAUGAGAAGUCAGAGUUCCUCCAGCAUUUUGUGUGUGAUGCCUGGAUCCUUUAGUUUGCCUGCAAAUAACACUGCAAUCAUGAUUUAAUUAACACCUGUUGAAAACAGCUGGAUGAAGGCAAUCGAUGCUGAAAAUCUGAAAUAAAGAUUGUGAAUGUAAGAAAAGCUCAGUAAAUGAAAAAUUAACUUUUCCUUUCAUGUAUCUUUCAUAGAUUACAAGAAGUUAUUACCCUGAAACAUAAUACCACUUUAAUCCCUAUAGAUAUUAAGUAACCUACUGAGUCUCUUUACAAUUAUAUGUGGAAAUAUCACUGUAUACAUGUGAAGUAAAUGAAGGUGCUGAUGUUCACACAGUGUGUCAAACUUAUUGGUUCAUAUGAUUACAAGAGAGUCACCUUUUAAAUAUUGAAUGUGUUUUUUCUGAAAACUGUACUACAGAUGGAUUACCACUGCCCAUGAUGUCAUAAGUUGUUCAGGGUUUUGUGAAAUACUACAUGAAGGGAUGAAUGCCACUUUUUCAUCUUGUUUUAUUUUGGCAGGAUAAUUCUCGUACAGAACUAAUAGUAUUUUUAUCCAAGGGCACAUUCCAAUCUUAUUUCUCGACAAGAGUGGGGAUUCUAGUGUUAAACAUUACUCUGAUUAAAAAAAGGAAAAGAAAUUUGGAAGUGUUUAUUUUGAUGUAAGUAACCUGCCUCAAUUUGUUUUAAUUAUGUACUAAUGAUUAUUAGUUGACUUUUCUCCUGAAGACACCCUCUCAAAAGAUUUAAUAUAGAUUUGAGAGGAGAAUCUCUCAACAGAUCUGCAUGCAUGCAGAGUCCUGUGUUGCUAAGAGCACUGGGAAUAUAGUGAAAUCAUGUUGCAAGUAUCUUUAUCCCUUUGAAAUGUGCAUACAUAAUGUUAAAAUGUCAAUGCAUUGUUAAUGUGAUUGUUCCGGAUUGUGUAUUACUUCAGAUUAUGUAAAAUUACACCAAAUUGUUCAAAUCAGUCCUAGUGUGAGUGAUUGUUUUCCUGAAUAUAAUAGUCUUCGUAUUAAUGUGAUAUUGUACAACCAUUUCUGUUUUUGUCGCUGUUCAAUUUAAUAAUUGGGAACUGCAUUUUGUUUGGGCUAAGUUAUAUAAUAAACUCAUUUAAAAACA